AUGGACGCGCCUAACAACUACGAAGAAAGGCGGGAGUCUACCCCGGGCUGGACAGAUCCUUCAUUCUCCGAAUAUAAUCAGCCACAAUUUCCUCUUAACCUCUACGAUAUUCCAAGCACCCAUGACUUUUAUCUCAUCCGACCUAUUCAGCCUAUUCGAAGAUAUAAUUACUUGGAUGCUGAAGGAGAAGACUUGGCUUCACGACAAUACACACUCGGACAGGAUAAUCACUGGGAGGUGAACAAAAUUCUUACAGAUGCGUAUAGACUGGCUGCUCAAGAUGCAUCGAAUCUCCCGCAGUUUACAACCGCCUAUACAUGCGCACCAAGUGACGUUUGGGUGCCGCCACCGGUACCGGCUGCCACACCCUACCCUAGCAUCAUCCCAAUCUCACCCAUGGUCGAUGAGCUGCUACCAAGCCUUCCCCAGAUUCAAGAACUUGCUUCUCCCAUAUCCUUGGGCUCAAGGACAAUAGACGAAACGCGAUUUGAGAGUUUGCCACCCUCCAGCCCAUAUGAACCUCGUUCCAACCCCGAGACCCCGGUCACUUCCGGACCCGAGCCGAGUGCGAGCCGCCGGCGCAGGAGGUCCUCAGCGAGCAAGCAUACUUGGAGCUGCGAGCCGUGCAACAAGACUUUCUACCGGAAAGCUGAGCUCGAUAGGCAUAGGAAGACAGCCUCCAUCCACGUGCAGAAGCGAAAUUUCAAGUGUCAGUAUUGCGGGGAUGUAUUUACGAGGCCGGACGCUAGGGGCCGACAUGAGAGGAUGUGCCCUGGUAAUCCAGAUAAUGAUGGGUCACCAAAGGGAAAGGGAAAUGGGAAGGGAAAUGGGAAGGGAAAUGGGAAGGGAAAUGGGAAGGGGAAAGGGAAAGACAGGGGAGGGGCAAUAUCUCUGAUUGAAUCUGAUAUUGCCGGCUCUUCGUAUCAUUGA